AUGAAGAAAGAAUCAUUAUCAGGAUCUCCUCCUUCAAAUAGCAUCACAUUCCCUCCAUCAUCAUCUCCAACUCUAGAUUCAUCCUCAUCAACAUCUAGUGGUCAUAGAAAUGCUUCAUCCAUUACAUCAUCGUCAUCGUUAUCAUCGGCCGCUACCAAUGCUAGUAAUUCAAGCCGCACCAAUAGUACAAGUUCAACCGAUUCUACUCAUUCAUAUAAUAGCAUCAAACAAGAAGAUACCGAAGAAGAUCUUAAUGAAUCAACCUCGGGUUCUUCGGGUCAAAAACUUCAUCCUCCUCAACCCAUUGAACAAGCUUGUGAUUCAUGUCGUAAGCGUAAAUUGAAAUGUUCAAAAGAAUAUCCAAGAUGUUCCAAAUGUAUUCAACAUAAAUGGUGUUGUUCUUAUAGUCCAAGAACUAUCAGAUCUCCUUUAACUAGAGCUCAUUUAACUGAUGUGGAAACAAAAUUAAAGAAUUUACAAGAUUUGAUUUAUUAUUUGAUUCCUAAUACUACUGAUGAAUAUGAUAUUGAUCAAUUGUUAAUGAAUAAUAAUUAUAAGACUGUUUUGAAACCAAUUGGUUUGGAUUCAUCAAGUUCUAAUGAAGAUGUAAGUAAUCAUUCUGGUGCUACUAUUAAUAGUAAUAACAGUAAUUUUCGCUUUCAAUCGAAUCUCACAAAAUCAUUAAGACAGCUGAGUCAUAGUUCUCAUCAAUCACAACAACAAUCUCAAUCACAACAAUCACACCCACAGCAACAACAACAUCAAUCUCAAUCUCAAUAUGAAGACUCUUUGAAUUCAAACUCAAUUGCUAAUUCAAUUUCUCAUUCUCCUUCAUAUUCAAUCUUUUCAAAUGAAGAUGACUCUAUGACUUCAAAUCAUCAUCAAACUCAACGUCAACCAUCUCAACACCAACAAUCUCAACAAUCUCAAGAUCAAUCUCAACCGCAACAUCAACAUCCGCAACAUCAACAUCAGCAACGUCAACAACCACAACAGCAACAAUCACAAUACCAACAUUCACCAACCCAAUUCCAAAAUAAGAAUUAUCAAUUGGAUAAUCAAACCAAAGCAAAUGUGAUGACAUCGGCUAAUGAUUUAUACUUUCCUGAUUUUGAAAAACUCGAUAAAGUUAAAAUCAAACAAGAGAUUAUUAAUGAUUUUAUUUUGAAUAACAUUCCAACUGAAGAAAAUGUCAAUUAUAAUAAUAAUUUUGCAACCAUUGCUGCUACCGUUAAUGGUAAUGGUCCAACCGCUACUAUGAGAUGUAAUGGUGGUAAUGAUAUUGGACCUGGUACAAAGAAGUUAAGUUUACCAUGUAAUGCAUUCAAAUUUGUGACACCAUCUGUAUUUAAGAGUUUCCAAUAUCAAUAUUCUCAAUCUCAAUAUCCAGCAUUACAAUCGCAAUCAUUAUCUGAUCAAGUUCAAUUUGCUAAUCAAUCAUUACAAACUUCGAGUAGUAAUUCACUUACAUCACCAAGUUCAUUAUUAUCCUUGAAUUCUUAUAAUUAUGGUGAUGAUGAUGAAGAUUCAAGAAUUCAUCAUCGUACUAUUAAAGAUGAUGAUGAUGAAUUUUUAUUAUCAACUCAACCAAUAUUGAAACGUUAUAAAACCUCCACUUCAUUAUCUACCUCAAUUUCAAAUGAAUCUGCUAAUGAACCAUUACUUGAUCAACAAUCAAAAGUUCAAUUUAAUAAUGCUUCUAUAAUUCCAAAGUCGCAUAUGGUAGCAACUUCGAAUGGAAUGAUUUCUGCUUCAAGUAUGUCAAGAUCCAAUAGUGCUAAUAGUAAUGAUGCAAGUGUUGUUUCUGGUCCUACAUCUACUAGUUCUACUAGUAAUCCAACUAAUCCAUCCACUUCGAAAUCAAAUGAUCUUGCUUUGUUUUCUGCUGAUGUUUCCAAUUAUGACUUAAUUUUUGAUGAAGUUAUGGAUGAUUCUCAUAUUAUUAAUGUUUGA